AUGGGGGCUGUGGCGGCUGCUCCCCUGCGCACGCGCACAGGCUCGUGUUUGAAAGGCCGUCCGGGCCAGUGGAGGGGUGCGGUCCUGCUGAGGAGGCGUGACACCGGGGCCCCGGGGGUGCCGCCUGCAGAGUGGAGCUCUGGGCAGCUGCUCCAGCGCCACCCUGCUGCCCGCCCGCCAUGCUGGCUAUGGACCAGGACGCAGGGCAGUGUGGGUCCCCGGGGCACGACUGUGGGUUUAGGAGACACCCCGAAAGGUGAGCAGGAGCCCCGCACGGGCCCUGGGGCAGGGCUGCGGCUCCAUGCCAGUGGUUCCUUCCCGGCGCCCCCAGGCGGGAGCCAGGGCAAGAAUGAGGAGCUCCGCCUGUAUCACCAUCUCUUCGACAACUACGACCCGGGGUGCCGGCCGGUCAGGAGGCCCGAGGACACGGUGACCAUCACCCUCAAGGUCACGCUGACCAACCUCAUCUCCCUGAACGAGAAAGAGGAGACCCUGACCACCAGCGUCUGGAUCGGGAUCGACUGGCAUGACUACAGGCUCAACUUCAGCAAGGACGACUUCGCGGGCCUGAAGACCCUGCGGGUUCCCGCUGAGGAAGUGUGGCUGCCGGAGAUUGUUCUGGAAAACAACAUCGACGGGCAGUUCGGAGUGGCCUACGAAGCCAACGUGCUGGUGUACGAGGGGGGCUACGUGAGCUGGCUGCCGCCGGCCAUCUACCGCAGCACCUGCGCCGUGGAGGUCACCUACUUCCCCUUCGACUGGCAGAACUGCUCCCUCGUGUUCCGCUCCCAGAGCUACAACGCGGAGGAGGUGGAGUUCGCCUUCGCCGUGGACGACGCCGGCGACGCCAUCGACACCAUCGACAUCGACACCGAGGCUUUCACGGAGAACGGAGAGUGGGCCAUCGACUACUGCCCAGGCGCGAUCCGCCGCUACCGCCAAGGCCCCGCCGAAGGCCCCGAGCAGACUGACAUCACCUACACGCUCAUCAUCCGCCGGAAGCCGCUGUUUUACGUCAUCAACAUCAUCGUCCCCUGCGUGCUCAUUUCUGGCCUGGUGCUGCUCGCUUACUUCCUGCCCGCGCAGGCCGGCGGCCAGAAGUGCACGGUCUCCAUCAACGUCCUGCUGGCCCAGACCGUCUUCCUGUUUCUGAUCGCCCAGAAGACCCCGGAGACGUCUCUGAGCGUGCCGCUGCUGGGCAGGUACCUGCUCUUCGUCAUGGUGGUCGCCACGCUCAUCGUCACGAACUGCGUCAUCGUGCUCAACGUGUCUCUAAGGACGCCGACGACCCACGCGGCGGCCCCGGGGCUGCGCCGGGUUUUGCUGGAGCUGCUGCCGCGCCUCCUGGGUUCGAGGCCGCCCCCGGAGGCCCCGCGAGCCGCCCCCGCCAGGCGCGCGUCGUCCCUGGGCAUUCUGCUCCGCGCGGAGGAGCUCAUCCUGCGGAAGCCGCGCAGCGAGCUGGUGUUCGAGGGGCAGCGGCAUCGCCAGGGCGCCUGGGCGGCUGCGCUCUGCCAGAGCCUGGGGGCCGCGGCGCCCGAGGUCCGCCGCUGCGUGGACGCCGUGAACUUCGUGGCCGAGAGCACGCGGGAGCAGGAAGCCACGGGCGAGGAGCUGUCCCACUGGGUGAGGAUGGGCAAGGCCCUGGACAACAUCUGCUUCUGGGCAGCGCUGGUGCUCUUCAGCGUCGGCUCCACCGUCAUCUUCCUCGGCGGUUACUUCAACCAAGUUCCCGACCUCCCCUACCCGCCGUGCAUCCGACCCUGAGCCUGCGCCCCCCGACAGGCCGUGACAAUAAACGCGUUGUGUGGA